GUGAGCUGCUUGAUCGUGUGUUGUUGUGUCUGCUGUAAUGAAAUGGGACGUAGUUAGCGUGCAGAAAAGUGCCAGAAGAUACCUUUUGUCUCGCUGCAAACUCGCCGUAUGCGUGGCGUGCCAGGCAAACAUGGACCAACGAUUUUUGUGCCGUGGCCUUUGUGUCUGGUUGUAGUGGAAAGUUGGGUGGACAUCGCAAAGAAAUAAUUCCUAUUGGUAGCGUGCCUCAGAUCGUCAACUACGCAGCGGCAUGUAUGCUGGGAGUAACAUCGUCGACGCAGCACCGGCAACUUGGAGAGCGUCGUGCCAUUGAAAAGUGGUGAGGCCGUGACCCACAGCCGUGUCCACAUGAUGGCAGGGAACCUGUGGCCAUGGCUACAGCAGCACAGCGUGUAAUCUGGAUGUCAUGUCAGGUGAACGAUCUUAUCUGGCCUGAAAUCGUACGGCGGCAAUGCACGGACCACAUUGGGGAGGCUGAGCUUCAGGGCAAGAGCCUUUAUGGAAAGGGCCGUAACAGGCACAAGGAGAACCCAGUGAAGGAGGGAUUGGACCCAGUUCUUCUGAAUGCUGCAAUUGGUUACAUCCUACAGCAAGUUCACGACGACAACUGUGCAGCUCAAAAGCAGCCUGUCCUCCAUGCUAAGCAGGGAGAUUAAGUAGCCUGGAAUGCAGGUGGUCCUGUAAAUACAGGGUGCUUUUUG